ACAUUUCGAAAAGGCAGCAAUGAGGGAAAUUAUUCAUUUAUCCACCGGUCAAUGUGGUAACCAAAUUGGUGCUGCAUUCUGGGAAACCAUCUGUGGCGAACAUGGUUUGGACAGCAACGGUAACUACCACGGCACUGAAGAAAUCCAAAGAUCCAAGUUGAACGUUUAUUUCAACGAAGCCUCCUCCGGAAAGUAUGUUCCACGUGCAGUUAUGGUCGAUUUGGAGCCAGGUACCAUUGAUGGCGUCAAGACCUCCAAGAUCGGUAACUUGUUCCGUCCUGAUAACUUCAUUUUUGGCCAAAGCUCCGCUGGUAAUGUCUGGGCCAAGGGUCACUACACUGAAGGUGCCGAAUUGGUUGACUCCGUCAUGGAUGUCAUCAGAAGAGAAGCCGAAGGAUGUGACUCCUUGCAAGGUUUCCAAAUAACACACUCCUUAGGUGGUGGUACCGGUUCUGGUAUGGGUACUUUAUUAAUUUCCAAGAUUAGAGAAGAAUUUCCAGACAGAAUGAUGGCUACUUUCUCCGUUGUUCCAUCCCCAAAGCUUUCCGAUACUGUCAUUGAACCAUAUAACGCCACUUUGUCUAUCCAUCAAUUGGUUGAAAACUCCGAUGAGACCUUCUGUAUUGAUAACGAGGCUUUGUACAACAUUUGUCAAAAGACCUUGAAGUUGCCAACUCCAUCCUACGUGGAGUUGAACAACUUGGUUUCUUCUGUCAUGUCGGGUGUUACUACCUCUUUACGUUACCCAGGUCAAUUGAACUCUGAUUUGAGAAAGUUGGCUGUUAACUUGGUCCCAUUCCCAAGAUUACAUUUCUUCAUGGUCGGUUACGCUCCAUUAACUUCUUUAGGUUCUCAAUCUUUCAGAUCAUUGACUGUCCCAGAGUUAACCCAACAAAUGUUUGACUCCAAGAAUAUGAUGGCUGCUUCUGACCCAAAGAAUGGUAGAUACUUGACUGUCGCUGCCUUCUUCAGAGGUAAGGUUUCCGUCAAGGAAGUUGAGGAUGAAAUGCACAAGGUCCAAACCAAGAACUCCUCUUACUUCGUUGAGUGGAUUCCAAACAACGUGCAAACUGCUGUUUGUUCUGUCGCUCCAAAGGAUUUGGACAUGUCUGCUACUUUCAUUGGUAACUCCACCUCUAUUCAAGAAUUGUUCAAGAGAGUUGGAGACCAAUUCAGUGCUAUGUUCAGAAGAAAGGCUUUCUUGCAUUGGUACACUUCCGAAGGUAUGGAUGAAAUGGAAUUCACUGAAGCUGAAUCCAACAUGAAUGACUUGGUUAGUGAAUACCAACAAUACCAAGAAGCCAGUGUUGAUGAAGAAGAGGAAUUGGAAUACGCUGAUGAAGCUCCAUUAGAUGACCAAUUAGAGUAAAUGCCUGGUUAGGUGUUCUUUAUGUUUAUUUCUCUUUGCUUCUUAUAUAUAAUAGUUAAUUUAUACCCUACUGUUUGCAAGUAAAAGUUACUCACGGUUAUUGCUGGCCCACAAACCUUUUGAUUUGGUCCUUCUCUAUUUGCCCUACACCUGACAGUACAUUAAAUUCAAUGCAUCAAAUCAUAUUCGCAAUGUUGACGGAUCCAAAUUGCAACCUGAGCCCAAAUAGUCUACUAUUCAGCAGUGGAGUAACCAAGGUUAACUGAUUAUUGGUGUUCGUUGACUCGUGCC